AUGGUACAUGAUGCAGUUGAAGCAGAUGAUAAACUAGAAUUGCGGAUGAUGGAUGAAUGCGAGUUGGAAGAGAGAAAGAGAAGCAAAGGGAAGCAGAACUUGCUGGACCGAAUCAGUUUAUUGCCCUAUGAAGUUCUUGUUAGUAUUGUGUCUUUUCUUUCGCUAAAGGAAGCAGCAGCUACUAGUAUUCUUUCCAAGCGAUGGCAGCAUCUGUGGAAGAAUACUAUGAGUCUCAACUUUCAAGAUGUUGAUUUUUCUGUUGGUGAUAGUUUUCACCGCUUCCAAGCCCUAGAACAAAAGUUAAUAGAUCAGAAAAGCUGUGAAUAUGUCAAAUGGGUGGACCGUGUGUUGGAGCAGCAUGAAGGACACAAUAUUGAACGAUUCAGGGCUUACUUCUUUCUAAAUAGGAAGUUUAAGAAUUCCAUAGAUAAGUGGAUUGAGUUUGCAAUGGAAAAGAAAGUUCAAGUACUUGAGUUUCAGUUUCUUAUUGUUAUGAGCGAUGAAGUUCUGGAGUACUUCUUGUCGAACUGUCCAGUUCUUGAGCGAUUAACUGUGACAGCUGCAAAAAAUGUGUUUUGCACAAGAGUUGUUGGUCCGUCAAUCUCAGUAAAGUAUUUGACAAUAAAUGAUUGUCCGAACCUCAAAACCAUUGAGAUUUGCACGCAAAUAUUGUUUCAUUUGUCUAUAGGGGGAGCUUGGAUAGACCUGCUAAUUAGUAACCUGCCCAUGCUGAUAGAGAUUCUGAAGCUGAAUAUUUGUGGAGUGGUGUACAAUCCGAAUUUUGACUUCCCUCUACUAGAAAAUCUGAAGCAAUUGGAAUUAAAUGUUGACACAAAUUACCAUUUGUCUCUUUAUCAUCUGUGUUCGUUCAUGAAGGCUUGUCCUCACAUCCAGACUUGUACUAAAGAAAUACAAUUGGACUUCCGACCAUACGUCAACACAACAGUAAGAAAAGCUACCAAAUUCCCUCAUCAUAGCCUCAAGGUGGUAGAAAUUCUUGGGUAUCGAGCCCAUCAAUCUUCUGUUGAACAUGUCGUGUACUUGGUAGAGAAUGCUGUUGCACUAGAGAAGAUUAUUGUUGAUCCUGUUCGGCGUUGGAUUGGCCCCUUGGAAUGGACAGGGGAGCUGAUAUGGUGGAUGAGGAACUGGAGGCAAGAAAGCAUGCUGAGAAUCAAACACCUUAAAGAAAGAGUUCCCUCUACUAUAGAAUUAGCAUGCUUAUAG